CGUUUCACUCCGAGGUCAAGGAAUAGACGAUAGGGUUAGAACUUAGGAGCUGUUUUUUUGGAGUAUUCGAACGCAACCCCGGUCUCUUUCUUCCCCUCACAGCUGUGAUAAGUUGUUGCCAGAUCCACUACAACGUUACUUUAUUAAAUAUUCUUUUAAAACUUCCUGAGAUGUCACUCCUUUUUUUACUUUCUCAUGGACUUUGAACAAAGAACAUCCACAACUCUUUUCAGCUAAUCCUGAGCUCAGAGCUAAAAUACCCUACAGUCAUUUUUUGCUUCGAGGACGUAGACUGACAGUGGCUGUACCUGCUUUUCAGGAGACCAGGCCUCGCAAUUAUCUUCUUUCUGCCAGUGCAUCAGCGCAGUGCAGUGAGCUGAGCAGCAGGCCUGCAGCUGGUGGCUCAGGAUGGAUAGACUGACGCUUUCUCACAUCGAUGAGCAGCUGGAGUCCUCCGAGGUGAAAGCUCUCUGCUUCCUGUCUCGGGAUGUGGUCAACAUUAAACGCCUGGAGGGGAUCAAUGAUGCAAAAAGGCUCUUUGUGACACUAGAAGAACAAGGUCUGCUGAAGGACUAUUCCUACCUCCGUCAGCUGCUCCAAACCAUCCGGCGACCCGAUCUCCUCCGCCUCCUGGAGACGGACAGCAGGCGACCAGAAGAAACCAACGCAAAUCCCGUGCUGUCAGAAUACAGGGUGGUGCUGUACAAAAUCUAUGCGGACAUGACUGUGAAACAUUUUGAAGAUUUGAAGUUCUUUUUGAGUGACAAGCUGGGCAGAAACAAAAUUGAGGCAUGCAAGACAGCACUGGAUGUGUUUGCUGAAAUGGAAAAGAUUGGUUUUCUGUCGAACACCAAUCUGCGUGAGCUGCAUGAGAUACUGCAGAAGAUAGAUCAACAACUGGCUGCAAUCAUACAGCCCCAUGUGGAAGGAGAGGUAUCCAUGGACUUCAACAGUCCCAACUUUGCCCAGUCUGUCAUUUUCUUCUCAAUCCUGUCUGAUGUCAUCAAAGGCGAUAAACUUAAGAGAUUUAAGAGAAAGAAAAAAAGAGAUGAAAAUACCCCCAGACCACCAGAGAAUGCACACCAGUCCACAAAAGCCACUGAUGAGGUUAUAUCGGAAUCAGCAGUCGCUUGCCUGUCUUCAGAUGACUGCAGAAUGGAGCAUUGUGCUGGUCCUUGCACUGAAGCCACGGUCCCGAAGGUUCUCCAUGAUGACCUCAAACUCGAGUACCGCCAACUUUCUGCAGAGAAUGUCAGCCUGCGUUCAGAGAAUGACAAACUCAGAUCUCAAAAUGAGGAACUAAAAGAGACAUCCAGAAACACCCAUUUUUUUAGCUCUAUCAAGAGCAAAAUGAAACUCUGGUUAGGGCUUAGCAACAAAGAUAUUACAUUCAUAUUUAAUGUCACAGAAUGUAACAUCUCAAAAAGGUUGAGAAGUUGGCUCCUUGUUAUGUCUGAGACUUUAGAACCUCUCAAGUGGCCAAGCAAGCAUGCAAUUUUAAAGAAUAUGCCAAAAUAUUUUAGACCUAAAUACAAACGUUGCAGGCGCAUUAUUGACUGCAAAGAGAAUUUUAUUAACAAACUCACACAUUUUACCUCCAGAGCACAGACAUAUUCGACUUAUAAAAGCCACAACACUGUUAAGUCUUUGGUUGGCAUGUCACCUGCAGGAGCCAUUACUUUUCUGUCACCAGAUUGGGGUGGGCGGGAUUCUGAUAAACAAAUUAUUGGAUUUUAUUACCUUGAGCGAAAUGAUAAGAUAAGAGCUGAUCGUGGUUUUACCAUCAGAGAUACAUUUGCCACCCUUAAGAUCCCUAAUUUGACCAAAGUUAAGAAGAAGCUCUCUGCGCAAGAAGUGGACACAUCAAGGCGUUCUUCUAACGUGAGAAUACCCAUUGAAAGAUUAAUCGGUAGAUUGAAGAAUUUCAAAAUUAUGACAACUAUUAGUCCAGUCACGCAGGUAGACCUUUUAGAUGAUAUGGUGAUCAGGGUGGAGAGACUGACGCUUUAUCACAUCGAUGAGCAGCUGGUGUCCUCCGAGGUGAAAGCUCUCAUCUUCCUGUCUCGGGAUGUGGUCAACAUUAAACGCCUGGAGGGGAUCAAUGAUGCAAAAAGGCUCUUUGUGACACUAGAAGAACAAGGUCUGCUGAAGGACUAUUCCUACCUCCGUCAGCUGCUCCAAACCAUCCGGCGACCCGAUCUCCUCCGCCUCCUGGAGACGGACAGCAGGCGACCAGAAGAAACCAACGCAAAUCCCGUGCUGUCAGAAUACAGGGUGGUGCUGUACAAAAUCUAUGCGGACAUGACUGUGAAACAUUUUGAAGAUUUGAAGUUCUUUUUGAGUGACAAGCUGGGCAGAAACAAAAUUGAGGCAUGCAAGACAGCACUGGAUGUGUUUGCUGAAAUGGAAAAGAUUGGUUUUCUGUCGAACACCAAUCUGCGUGAGCUGCAUGAGAUACUGCAGAAGAUAGAUCAACAACUGGCUGCAAUCAUACAGCCCCAUGUGGAAGCCAGUGAGACCAGGACAGUGGGUCUUCAUCUGAGUGAUGAAGAGGAAAACCUGGCAUUCGUCCAAGUGUGAGGGUCCCUACCAAGUGCUCCUGUCUACACCAGCUGCAAUUGGAGGAGCAGAGACACCAUCCUGGAUACACCUGACUGUGGAGCUGUUCAGGCCUAAAGAAAGAAACUCGACUCUGCUGUGGUAAAGUCUGGCUACAAAGGGAGGUGUCACCAAUAGGGCCACUUGUCUCAAACCAGUGAAGAAAUCAAUAGAACCCAGCAGAACUAGAGAGUGACUUUUAGCAGGAGAACGGUGACAAGUCUGAACGACAGAACUGGCACACCAUGUACCAGCCAUGCACAUGAUAGACCAUGGCACCCCUACAGACCAGGGCUGUGGUUUUUAAGGGGAACUUCAUGCAUUUUUUUUUUUAACUAUAGCCCUCUUGACAAUAAAACCAUUAUUAUUGGGGGAGAAUUAGACCCUAAGAUAGCGAAAACUUACAUUUGAAACCAAUGCUAUUCCGAGACCCCAUCCAUAGCAACUAACAAAUCAGAUUCACAAAUCAGAGUCAAGAGAAAAUCGUUAAAUUGCCGCCCAGCCAAGAUCACAACAUGAUGGACAUCAAACUUUAAGGCUAGAAGACCAGAGGAAAAAAUAAAUCAAUAAAAGCAUUUCAAUUAAUA